UUCUACAACAUAAAUAAAAAAGAAAAAUAACUUUUUCUUUUAUUACGAUUGCUUAUGUCUCGCUCCAAGUAUAUAAAGAUGUAUAAAUACAUGCAAUUAUAUGUAUCAAGGACUAUAGGUUAUGUGAGAAAUAACAAUAAUAAUAAAAGGUUAUAGUCGUAUUUGACUUUUCCAAAAGAAACUUCUCUUCUUGUCUUCUUUAAAUAUUCAAAUUCGUCUUCCUCUCUUUCGUUAAUGUGUUUAAUUUAAAAUUUUGUACCUCUCUGUCUCUUCGUUGGGAAGCUUCGAAAAUGGCGAUGACUUGUACGGAAGACGAUGACAAAACCCUUUUGAUCUCUCAUCGCUAUCAAGAAGACGACGAUGACGUAGAAGAAGAAGAAGAAGAAGAAGCUUUGUCUCUGUGUGAUUUGCCGAACGAGAAGGGCGAAUUACGAUCGAUUGUCAAAGAAGAAGAUGAAGAAUUCGAUUCCGGAUUUGAAUUUGGAAUCGGGUCAUCGUUUCGAGCCGGGUCGGAUUCAUGUGAACCAGCUCCGGAGAUGAGUACAGCUGAUGAAUUAUUCUUCAAAGGCCGAAUUCUGCCGUUACGUCACUCCGUCAGUUUAGACGCCGGACUUAACGAGCCGACCCGGUUGAUUACAAGAUCCGAGUCGGUUGAAUUCAGACGAACCGGAAUUAUUAGAUCGGACCGGAAAAUCAAAAACAAUUUCAUCGAUUAUAGUCAACCAAGUCCACAACCACAGAUUCGAAGAUCAUCGAGCAUGACGGCUCGUGUGAAUUCAAUCAGAAACCCUAAAUCAUCCUCGAUUUGGGAUUUUCUCAGGCUAGGACUCGUCCGUACACCGGAGAUAGAACUCCGAACCACCGCCGGAAACGCGAAAUUGUCAGUGAGUCGGAAUAGUAGCUGCAGUAGUACAAGCACGAGUUCGAAUUCGAAGAAAAUAGGAUCAGGUGAAUCGAGAUCGAGGAAUAGGAGGAGAAGCUUUAUGUUCUCGGAUUGUAAAUGUUCGGUGUCGACGGAGACGAAGAUGGCACCUGUGAAGAUUAAAGUGUCCUCCGGUGAGACGGAGGAGAAACAGAGGAUGAUGGAGAAGAAGACGGCGAAGAAAGAAGAGAAAUCGGCGAUGGCGAGGAAGAGAACGUUUGAGUGGUUAUCACAGGUUGGUUUUGUCGUCGAUCAUGGAAGACGAACCUUGGUCUGAUUUUUAUUUUUUCUCAAGAAAUAAAUUUUAAAUGUAUUAAUCAUUUUUGUGUGUUUUAAUCAUUUUCGUACGUAAAUUUCUUUUUGUAUGUUAGUGGUAAUUGUCAAUUAUAUACUUUUUAGUUUUUUUUUUCGUUUUCAUUACAUUCUAUAAACCUAGAACUAGUUUGGAGCUAAUGUACUUGCUAAUCUUUAAUUUGAGCUUGAUUAUAAAAUGUAAUGUUUAGAUUUC